CUAAAGGAAUCAAAAGUCUCAUCAUAAGUCUCCUUCCUAGGGUUUUGAGAUCAUAACAUUCGCAGCAAUCAAUCUCUAUUAGAGCCAGAGAGAGAGAGAGAGAGCACAUCCUCCCUCCAUUACCUCACUACUCCCAAUGGCAUCAAACACCACCGACAACUCCUCCUCUCAGGCGCCUCACCAAAGACCCCGCCAAAGAAACGGUCCUCCUCCUCCUCGCCGCCACGGAAGAAACCCACCGCCUCGUUAUCACCAGACGACGGCCACUGCUCAAGCUCCUCAGGAGAAGAAGAAACCCGUCUUCGUCAAGGUCGAUCAUCUCAAACCAGGCACGAGCGGACACACCCUGACCGUCAAAGUCGUCGAUCAGACCUCCGUUCCUCAGAAACCGAACGCCGCCGCCGCCUCUUCCCACCUCCGUCCUAAUCGGAUCUCCGAGUGCCUCGUCGGAGACGAGACCGCUUCCAUCCUCUUCACCGCUCGCAACGAUCAAGUGGACUUGAUGAAGCCGGGAGCUACUGUGAAUCUCCGGAAUGCGAAGAUAGAUAUGUUCAAGGGAUCCAUGAGGCUUGCGGUUGACAAAUGGGGUCGUAUUGAGGUCACUGAGCCUGUUGAAAUGACUGUUAAAGAGGAUAACAAUCUGUCUCUUGUGGAGUAUGAGCUCGUCAACGUUGAGGAAUGAUCUAAUUAUGAUAAAGGGUAUGUAUCAAGCGCCACAAUGGGUUUUGUUUUGUGGGUAUGUACCGGGCGAAAUGAAGAAAAAGUUGGGGGGAGAUUAUAUGUUUUUAUCUUAAUACAGUUGCAAGUUUGGUACAUUAUGUUGAUCAACUCUUUCAGGCGUGGAUGAUUUUGUGGCCUCUUCUCUGUUUUUUGUAUGGUUAUUGAACAGAGAGGUUUAUGAAAAAAAAAACUUGGUAAAUA